AUGCCACCCCAGGCCCCAUUCGGUCAAGAGGCAUUGAAUCGCAACACUGACCUGGACCCGGCGACAUUUUUGCUUCCUGCCUCUUCUCGCAACCGCCAGCAUGCACUUUCCCGCGACUCAACCAAAUCCAUCCGUACCUAUGGCUCGCUGGCCGACCAGUGCCCCCCUCAGCCCCUGAAUUAUCUGGUUGCCACGUCCCGUGAAAUCACCGUCGAUGAGAGGAUAGACAUGCACAUGGUUUGGGAGCAUUCACGGCGCAUUCACCUCAAGCCUCUUCCGCAAUAUCUGCUUGACCAUCACUUCUGGGACUCGCAUCUCAUUUGUCGAGGGCUAUGCUGCAUUCCCGGAUCGGACCAGGCACCUCCAACCAUGAAAGAAUGUACAAGAGACCUCUCCCGAGGCGGCUUUGGGCUUCUAUUCUCGUACAUAGCCCUCGUCCGGUACAAGAGUGAUUUUAAAAUUGCCCGAGCUCACCAACUCCUACCAGAGCAUCUCGACUGGGAGACCUGGCUCAAAUUAGUCCAACAUCUUUUAAAAACCGACGCCACAAAUCCCAAAAACAUUAAUCCGCGAUACAUUUACGGAGAGUUGCGCCUGUCUCGGCUUAACAAGAUCUACGCUAUUCGACAUCUACAGGUGCUCCGAGGGUACCAGUUCACCCGGCACACAUACGGCGAAAUAUUUCACGACUAUCUGACCCCGCUGACGGCGGCGACCAUCUACCUCGCGUUAGUGUUGACGGCGAUGCAGGUCGGACUGGCCACCACUCGUCUAAGUAGCAGCCCGGCCUUCCAGGACGCUUCGUUUGGUUUCACUGCUUUUGCCAUCCUGGGACCGUUGAUUGGGGUUAUAUUGGUGGUAGCGAUUUGGGGGGUGCAAUUUAUCAGCAACCUUAUAGAAACAUGCCAGUUCAAUCGGCAUCGGUUUGUAGAUGUUGAACGGUCGGAUCUUUAA